GUCAUGUGGGUAGAGCAAUAUGCUUAGUUAAAGAGCAGAAACUAACCCUGAACAUAACCGCUGCCGUCUUCACAUGUACUUGUCCGAUACUAUAGGUGGUGUAAAGCUAUCCAAGCUGUUCAUUUUUACUACAGAAACUGUGCUUCUGCUGCGAAGAGACAAGGGUCGUGUUAUGCGUUCGGAUAGCGAAAAUUAACUACUACUGUAUGUGACCUGCAGAUACACUUUACGUGUGCCCGAGAGUUGAUUUCUCCCUUGGUUUGAUGCGCUUUUAUAUGCCAUAUGUUGCUAAUAGUGGACUGAAAUAGACUUGUUACAGGACGUGCGUGUCUUUGGCGCUACUCUUGCGAAGAAGUCAAUUGUCAGUGUUUGCAGUAUUGAGCGUGCUUGGGAUGUUGGGUCAGUCACACCACCUACAAAUCAAUGAUGGUUUUUGGAUACAAAAUCAGACGAGAGCUGUCCACUGUAACCUGAGUCAGAAUGGAAUAGACCACGCAAUCUGUGCAGAGGAUGUCAGUGUGCACCUUGAAGCAGAAUCGAGAGAGAAUGGAGUCAGAAAUGAGGACAGCAGUCUGAGGCUUCUGGAGAAGAAAGGAAGUCCUAAACAACAGACUUCGGAAACAGAUGGUGCUCGGCCUGGAAAUGUGAAGCUAUCGAAACCAGUAGCUCUAUGGACUCAACAAGAUGUCUGUAAGUGGCUAAAGAAACACUGUCCAAACCAGUACCAGAUCUACAGCAAUUCCUUCAAACAGCAUGACAUAACAGGACGGGCGCUGAUGAGACUGACAGAUAAGAAGCUGGAGAGGAUGGGUAUCCUGCAGGAGAGCCAGAGACAAUACAUUCUGCAACAGGUCCUGCACUUGAGAGUGAGAGAAGAGGUCCGUAACCUGCAGCUGUUAACACAAGGCACUUCCUCCCUUUGUGAUUACUGUGGCAAGGACAGAUGAACAUGAACAUGGGCAUCCCUUUGUUUCUAGCACUCUGAUUUUCAAAGGAGAAGAAAAGAAAAGGAAUUGAAAAAGACUUGAAACACGCUAUAUUCAGCGAAGCUUUUCUGUGUGAUGACAGACCUUUUAGUUAUUUUCAAACUUAAAAGGUAACCAAACUGACGUUUUACAAAUAAAUAGAUCUAGGUGUUUUUUUUUUCCCUUAUUUAAAAACAUACCAGUGGCAGUUGUCAUUAAGUUGAUGUUACGUGUUGGUAGAAUAUUUUAAUACAAGUAGAGCGUAGUAUGUUUAAAACUUAUGACAAAACAAUUUACAACUUUAAGACAAUUGUCAUUGAGCCACCUUGGUAUUAUCAUUUUGUUGUCAAGUUGGUGACCCUGUUAUGUAGCAUAGCAUUAAUUUCAUUAGAAGCUGAUCUGACUUUCGCAUCCCUUGAAGUGUGAGAAAAGUUGGGAGUACCCUAAAUGAUAGCAUUGAAUGUUUCAAAGUAUAUUGGAACUGCAACAACAUUUAAAAAAAAAGCCUACUAGGUUAUUUUUCAAAGCUUUGUGUUCUAGUGUAGCAUUUAACCUCAAUUUUCUGAAAUAAAUUGUGCCAAACUUCAAAUAUUCUAAUGUUUCAUAGUGAAUCAAUAGAAGUUUAUUCUUCUCAGCAACAAUUAAUCCCAAAGUCUUCUGUGUGUUGACAGCUUGAUGUAUGUACUGUACACAAGAUAGAGCAUCCAGUUCGUAUUACAUUGCAAAAUUCAAAUUCAAAUUCAAAGCUGGGUCAGUUUAAUUUUUUUUUAAUAAAGUACAGUUUUACAUCUAGUUAAAAUAUAGUAACUCCCAAAGAUGAUCUUCAGUUAUGAAAAAGAGAAAUUGAUCUCAAUAUGUUUGAGAAACAUAGAAGCAAGAAUAUACUGCUUUGCUUUUAAAUAAAAUUCAAACCAAACUAAGGUGCGUGGUAAAUGUCAAGGUAACAGUGUUUCUUAUACAGUACCAGCAAUUGAGAGAGAGGAGACUAGAUAGCACAAGGUGAGUCUUGAGUACCCCGUGUGCAGUCGACAGUCACAGAGGGAGAAUGAAAGAGAGUAACGAAGCUGCAAAACUGACUGCUGCUGUGUUAGGGAUGCAAAUGUUUGUUUGUUUUUUUAUAGAAAGGUGUCCCUGGCAAAACAGGAUCAGCCAGUACAAGAGUAGGUGACAAGCGAAGGAGUGAGUCAAGAUGAUUAUUCAACAUGGAGAGUAAGGAUUGAAAGAACUGGUAAUUACAGAGUAAAUCAGAUUGAUAACGCUGGGCAUAGGCCUGGUGUUCAGUGAACAUAGAAAGCACUGUGCACCAGUUAAUUUGGAAUGUAAUUAAAUGUUCUAGUGCCUGGAGGAAGGUGUGAAUAGAGUGGAAGGCUUGAGAGAUUGUGAUGGCACACAAGUCUGAAAGAAGGGAGUUACAAGAUGUGUGUGGGCAAAGUCUGGAGUUUGUCUUUCUGUUAUUGGGUAAAGACUGUACCGUUCUCCAAAUGAACAGGUAUGUUUGAAGACUAAAACAACAUUUGAACAACAGAUAAGAUCAGAAAGUCUCCUUAACACGGGCAACAGUUUCUGGUCACCUCAAAAAUAUGAGAAGGAUCCAAAUGUAAAACAUGUGCAGAAAAUUCAAAAGAAAGUGCUGGUAAUUAUUUUAAUAGUCCCGAUAUUUGGAUUCAAAAGCCUUGAAACAUGAAACCCCACCAUUCCUUUCUGACUGCAGUUCCCUAGAAACAUUAAGACAUUAAUCAUUUUCAUGUGGUUUCAUGUCAUACAAUGUUUGACCCCUGACAGCAUUAUUACUGAUAUAAUUUUAUACUUAAUUAUCCUACAGGGCCAUGACAGGAUUACAUUUUUUAUUGUACGUAUAAAGCCUAUGACUUCAGCGGGGGUUAUGUUUGUUCUGAAGGUGGAAGGUAAUACAACUGUGAAAAUUGACUUCAGUGCUAUUUAAUUAAGCAAGAGAUGGCUGUGCUCAUUCUCAAGGUGGUUUAAAAAAAAGGAGUUGCAGGAUUUACAGCCACUGUAAUGAACUGCAAUUACUUAUACUUGUAACACUUUCAGGGAAGACCUUAACAAGGAACAUAGGCUGCCUUUAAAAAUUGGCAUUUCAGUUUCACAAGGCCACUAAGAACAAAAAGAUAAAAUGUUGAAUAAAAUAUUUGAAAUUUUAUAAAAAAAGCUCAAGGGACUUUUCUUACCUUCAAAUAUUUCUGCAAUGACAAAGGAACCAAGUUUUUUUGUGAACUGUUAUAAAACUAUAACCAAAAAUAUACAUGCAUUUUAAUUUGAAUAAAAUAUAAUUUGCUGUAAAAAUGUGCACACAGAUGUAGUAAUAUUCACACUGAGGUGUAUUCUUGAUAGAAAAGUAGAAUGUGUGGGGACACUUUGACAGCUGUGACAUAGGGUUUUAUGAAAUGCAUUUGCAUUUCAACGGAUAUGAAAACUAAGUAAAAUACGAUGUACAAAUCAUAUGAACAGCUAAAUUUAGCUGCAACUGCAAAACAAAUCUCUGCUUUGGCUCUUCAGAAGGCGAUGCACAGUGGUGUCAAAUGUUCUGUUUUCAUCCCUUCAUCUCCUGGAGUGUCCUUGGUGCUGUUCAUUCUUUUAGCUUGUCUUCAAACCUUGAGUAAUCUGCUCACUUGGGCUGCUGGACAUUAUUUGUUCUUUUGUCUCCUUCCAUUUUUCUUUCCAGUCUUUGUAGUUUUGAAAUUCCCCCCUCACACUACUGGAAACAGGUGCUCUUCAGGGGAAUGUUGAGGUCUUUCUGAUUUUAAUGUCACUCCCUAUUUGUGCUUUGAUUGGCUGUGCAUCUUGGUGUGCUAUUGAUGCUUUCUCACAUGUGAAACCUGAAGAAACCUGAAUAUGAAUCACAUUUUCAUGUGUAGUCACGAUGGUUUGCUCACGUUACUAUUCCUGUAGAAUUCCUAUAAUAUGUCUGCCCAGGCUUAUUGUAUUCUGUGGAAGCUUUUUCUACACAC